UACCUCCCUCCCUAAAUCCUAUCUAUGUGGCUGCAAACCCCUCUUCAUAUUUCCCAAAAACACACGAUCUUUAUCCGUUUUUCUGUCAAUUCGUUCCAUCCCACUUGGGGAUUUUGUCAAUUUCUUCUCUUUCCAUUUCGUUUUUUUCUUACAUGACUUGAUUUCUGGUAAGAAUUAGAAUAAAGAUAGCUAUGCAGUCAUCAUCUUCUUCGUCUUCAUCAUCGUCGUCAUCAUCAACGGCGUCUGUAACUCUAGAAACCAAUAAUGCCAUCAAUUUUUUAUCCAAAUUGAGUAACUAUGCAUUUGAUUCCAACUCUAACUGUUUGAGUUUAGAUGGGUAUUCUUCGAUUGUCUCUAAUUUUGUUCAUUACGAUAGAAAAGCUGGGGAUUUUUGGUCUGGUGGUGGGAGAAGGAAAUCAUCGUCUAAAGUUGUGGCUUCUUUGAGUUCAGGAAGUAGAGGUGGUUCGAGUAGCAUCAAUAAGUUCUUCAAUGAGUUUAAUAAGUUUGUUAGGUUUCAUUGCGACAGGAUUCCUCUUGGGUUUGGUUCAAUUAAGCUUAGUUCAGAGAAUAUUUGUGGAUUAGGGGAAGGAAAUGGUGGUGUUUUGGAGGAUGAAACAUUACCCUUGAGUGGUUUUGAGUCCAAUGGCAAGAAAAAAGUGCUCAUUUUGAUGAGUGAUACUGGUGGUGGUCACAGGGCUUCUGCUGAAGCAAUCAAAUGGGCUUUUAACGAAAAAUUUGGCGAUGAAUAUGAGGUGUUUGUGACUGAUCUAUGGACCGAUCACACUCCAUGGCCGUUUAAUCAAUUGCCAAGAAGUUAUAACUUUUUGGUUAAACAUGGUUCUUUGUGGAGAAUGACAUAUUAUGCUUCGGCUCCUCGUGUGGUGCACCAAUCAAAUUUUGCUGCUACCUCCACAUUUAUAGCCCGAGAGGUUGCGAAAGGUCUUAUGAAGUACCAGCCAGAUAUUAUCAUCAGUGUACAUCCUCUAAUGCAACAUGUACCUCUUCGCAUCUUGAGGUCAAAGGGUCUUUUGGACAAGAUUGUAUUCACUACGGUGGUUACAGAUUUAAGCACCUGCCAUCCUACAUGGUUUCAUAAGCUUGUAACAAGAUGCUAUUGCCCUACAGAAGAGGUGGCAAAACGGGCCUUAAAGGCUGGUCUUCAGUCUUCUCAGAUAAAAGUUUAUGGCCUCCCUGUUCGACCGUCUUUUGUUAAGCCUAUUCGUCCCAAGGAUGAAUUGAGGAGGGAGCUUGGUAUGGAUGAAGAUCUCCCGGCCGUGCUACUGAUGGGCGGUGGGGAGGGGAUGGGUCCCAUUGAGGCUACAGCCAAGGCAUUAGGGAAUGCAUUAUUUGAUGAAAAUCUUGGCGAGCCAAUUGGUCAGGUACUUGUAAUUUGUGGUCGCAACAAAAAGCUCGCCAACAAAUUGCUUUCAACCGAGUGGAAGAUUCCCAUCCAGGUGAAGGGGUUCGUCACGAAGAUGGAAGAAUGCAUGGGUGCUUGUGAUUGUAUUAUUACCAAGGCUGGUCCGGGAACCAUUGCAGAAGCUAUGAUCCGAGGACUCCCCAUAAUUCUAAACGAUUACAUUGCUGGGCAGGAAGUUGGGAAUGUACCAUACGUGGUGGAAAACGGAUGUGGGAAAUUUUCAAAGUCGCCAAAAGAGAUUGCGCAUAUCGUUGGCCAAUGGUUUGGUCCAAGAGCACACGAGCUCCAGGCUAUGUCACAAAACGCAUUGAGGCUGGCAAGGCCCGAUUCGGUGUUCAAAAUCGUUCAAGAUCUUCAUGAGCUUGUGAAGCAAAGAAGUCUAAUUAUGCAGUAUUCUACUGCAACUUAGGUGAGAGAGUUAUUGUGAAGCUACUUGUGUAACAAAAAAACAAUUUUGACUUCUGUUGUAGCAAGUUAUGCUUUAAAGGGGAUUUCACAUUGUUUUGCACAAAAGGGUAUCAUAAACAUUCAAAAUGCAUAUCUUAAAACAUGUUUUCCGCAUUAUAUCGUUAUAUUAUGCAAGAUUUGAGUGACGGUUCUUGGUUA